CCUGAGAACCCUGCGCUCCUCUCACCAGCUCCACCCGCCUCAGCCCCAGGCACCACCAUGACCGGCUCCUGCUGCGCCCAGCCCUGCUGCCAGCGCGACCCCUGCUGCUGCCGCCCCGUGUCCUGCCAGACCACCGUGUGCCGCCCCGUGACCUGCGCGCCCCGCUACACGCGCUCCAUCUGCGAGCCCUGCCGCCGCCCUGUCUGCUGCGACCCGUGCAGCCUGCAGGAGGGCUGCUGCCGCCCCAUCACCUGCUGCCCCUCGUCCUGCCAGGCCGUGGUCUGCCGCCCGUGCUGCUGGGCCACCCCGUGCUGCCGGCCGGUGUCGGUGCGGUCCCCAUGCUGCCGCCCGUCCUGCUGCCAGCCCGCCCCCUGCCGCACCGUCUGCAGGACCUUCCCCUCUUGCUGCUGAGCAGCACAUCCCAGGCGGCAUCACCACUAAGGUCCCUCCGUAGGCCCCCGGUCCAUCCUGCUGUCCCACAGCUUCGCAGCCCAACGAUAUGGGGUUGGUUGUUUUGUUUUUUGAGAAGCCCACUCCUCGUAUCUUCGAACUUGCUCAUAGGGAGAAACCGAAGACACUUUUCAAACUAAUUACUGAGAAAGCAUAUCCUGCCCUCUCAACACCCAGCUUGCCCCUGUAUCAUGUUGCUGCUUUUCUAAUAAACUUAGCACUCCCAGCAUAAAAA